AUGUCUGCAGAGACCUCUGAACGUGAACGGGACACAUUGCAACCCGGUGAUUAUGUUUUAAUGCGAAAAUUGACCGGAGUUAAACCAACUCUUGCCCGUCUCAGAAAAGGAGCCACGAUCACCGUUGAUAACUUGACUUUCAAAGCAGACCCACUGCUCGGGAAGAAGUUUGGAGUGUGUACCGCUCAAAAUGGACUACUGGGACCGGAGCCAACAGAUGUGGCGAAAGGUAGGAGGUUUUCUACAUUGUACUUGGUGUUUAGGUGGGAAGGCGGCGAAUUUUGAUCGAAAAUUUGCUGUUUGAUAGGGUGACGGGUUUAUAGAACCAAUGGCAAGGAAGAACGUGGCUUAUUGUACCUAUUUCAGAGCUCAGUAAAACACGAGAGCUGUCCAGAGGCGGGAGAGAAAAAUCAAGUCAGUUUGGUGAAAGAAAAGGUCCAGCUAAAGAAGGCAAAUAGGGGGUGUAUCGAGGGUGCUGAUUUCGAAAAUGACAUUCAUUUUCUUUGAUAGUUACUUUUUUCCUUAAGUAGUAAUGUUAAAAAGUAAUUUUUUGAAAUUUUUCAAAAAAUACUGGGCUUAGCGGUUUUCGAGGGUGCUGAUUUCGAAUUUCGGGUUUAUUUUUUCUGAACUUUACUAGUUUUCCUUAAGCAGUAGCGCUAAAAAGUAAUUUUUUCUAAAAAUACUCGAUUUAGGGGUUUCGAGGGUGCUGAUUUCGAAAAUGACAUUAAUUUUUUUUUAUAGUUACUUUUUUCCUUAUGUUCGAAAUCAGCACCCUCGAAAACCCCUAAAUCCAGUAUUUUUAGAAAAAUUUCAAAAAAUUACUUUUUGACAUUACUACUUAAGGAAAACUAGUAAAGUUCAGAAAAAAUGAACCCGAAAUUCGAAAUCAGCACACUACAUAUUGGGAUAGGAAAAACAGUAUGGCUUUCUAUUUUUUCAGGAAUAAAAUUUUGAUAUUUUAUUUUCAGUCUUCUAUAUAUAUGGAUGGUUAGUUAUAAAUUUCAUUUUUCAUUCCGUUCAAAAGUGUGUAAUUCAGUCCACGGAGGCACUUUGGACUAAAAUUGGGGAAUCAAGUCCACUUGGGCGCAAAGUUGCAAUUUUAAUCCGUUCUCCGGACUAAAAUCAGCAUAGUCAGUUUACGGAACGAACAAUUUUUUUUUGUCCGCGGACUUUUUUCGUUUGUCCAGGCAACGGACCGAAUUCAGCGAUUUUGGUUUAUCGAGCAAACUCUUCGGGGACAGUUGACCCGGGGCUCAAAAAAAAAUUUUUAUUUCCCUAGGUUCACGAUGUAUUUUCUGAGUGAAGGAAACUGGGAAUUUUUCCAAAAAAGGAUUUUUUUACCAAGAGCAGGCUACCCCAUUUGAUUUUACGUCUAGAUUGCCCGUUUUUUGGACAGAUAACAACUUUGUAGGUUGUUGCCUCAUGGAUAAUGUAAGUCAAUUUAUCUUUUUUUCGCUAAAACAGUGUAAAAGUGGACAGUUAUAGGUGUGGACACUAGAUUAAUUUUACCAUGUAAACACAGCUAAUGUUAUGAAAGACCAGGAGCCUUGAGUACCAAGUACAACAUAAAAUUUUCGUAAAUUUAGGUGUGUCUGGUUGGAAAUUGGUGUUAGAACGAAGCUAAUAACCUAUAAAACUGAUCAGAUAUAAAUGUAGGUCAGAGUACUGGGUUGCUUUACCAUGCAAAAGUGGCAAAUUUAACGUAAUAGCAGUUUUCACGAGGGACCGGACGCCAGGACCUAGUACAAUAUAAAAUUUUUGUAAAACUCGCUCCUUCUGGUUCGAAAUUGACAUUAAAACCAAGCUAACAUCCUACUCUACCUUUAGCUAUAAUUAAAUUUAUUAGGUUGGGACGAAAGUUUUCCCCUUUUUCUUGUUUUUUUCCAAACAAAUUUAUUUUGACAGUUGUAACGGGAAACCAAACAUAACAUCCACCGUCGGUAUCCACGACGUAUUGCCAACGUUCCGACAAGGAUUCAAUUGGCGAGCUUAAAAACUGGGGUAUUUAUAAUAAAAAAUGUCAGAAAGACCUGUUUUGAGGUCCCCCAAACAAUCGAACCGCACAUCUCCCAAACGGUAGCUUAGCGAUCUGAUCAAAUGGUAAUCAGAAGGUGCCAAGGCUGGGGUGUAGUGUGGGUAGGGCGGCGAACAUGACCUUUUUUAGGUGAAUUUUGGUUUUGGGGUUGGUUCAUCGUGAUGGUCGGGUUCAAGCUACUGAAGCUUGCGGGUAUGGUUUAUAUACAUCACCCAUUUCUGGUUCCCUGUAAUGAUAUUGGUCAGCCAAGUCAGCGUGCGGCGGUACGACAAAAAUUAGGAGCAACAGUAUAAGCCGUGACUCCGAAAGUUCGUGUGGAACAAAUUAACCACACUUCCACACUUUUCCCAACCGAUGUAGAUGGUCCAUAAUGGUAGUAUGGGAGAACCCAAAGAGCUCUCCAAGUUCACGUAAUGGCAAUUUGGGAUAGCUCACGAUUAAGCCUUUUAGGGCGUCAUCAUCUAUCUCAGAUGGCCGCCAGAACUUGGUCGUCUAACUUCUUUUUUUGAACCUCCGGAACCAAUACUUGGCCACACCAUAAAAGAGGACGUCCUUGCCUAUAACAUCCUAGACUUCGGUUAUAUCUUCCAUGGGUUUUGGUAUUCUGCGAUUGUUUUAAAAUUUGACGCAUCGAAACAGCAACUUUGGGACGGAAAUUUUUCCACUAAAAAGUUUUGGUCAAAUCAACAAGAAAUAAACAUUACAUUAUCUAUGGGCAACAAGCUUCACAAAAUUCUAAAAUUUGAUGGGUUAUCCCAAAAGAAAACGGGCAAUCUAGAUAGGAAAUCGAAUAGAAAAGCCUACCCUUGGUAAAAAAUCCUUUUUUGAGCAAAUCCAAGCUGUUCUCAAUCAGAAAAUACAUCUUGAACAUAGCGAAAUAAAAAAAAAUUUGAAAAGAAGCCCUGGGUCAUCUGUGCCUCUGUGAUUUGUUUGGAAUUUUCCAAACCACGGACAACUCCAAAAAAUCCGAGCAAACAAAUCAAGAAGUCCAUGGAUCGAAAAUCAGUGGACUAGAUUUCCGGAAACCUGUCCACACGACGGACUGCUUUGCGUUUGUCUGAAGGGCAAACCGAAAGUGGCGAUUUUUGUUUGCACCACGGACAGGAUUUCCCGAUUUUAGUCCAAAGUGCCUCCGUAGACUGAAUUGCACACUUCUGAACGGAAUGAAAAAUGAAAUUUGUAACUAACCAUCCAUAUAUACGAACGACCAUCAAAUUUACUUUUUCUUUGGCGUUGUUGACUUUCCAGACUACGAUGUUGACUUUCCCGCGUCUCUCGAUUUCUCCGGAACAGGGUUUUUGAUGGCCAAGACAUUAAGCGAGGAGAACUUUGGCAAGUGAUGAAAUUUACCUUAAAAAUAAUUUCCCGUUUUUUAGGAUUCAAUUUCUGGAAAGUGACAAGGACCCGGACAGACGGUGAGAGAGUGUGGAGAGGAAAGAGAGUGGGCGGAGCUUGUGAUAAAAUCAUUAGUUCAAAAAACUUGCAUGAAGUUUAUCAAGGACACACAAGGCCCAGAAGGUUAUCAUCAAAAAAGGAAAAAACAUGGAGAAAGAGAAGGGAAAGAAGCCCAAAAAGGAAAAAAAGAAACAAAAAAAAGUUCAGAAAGUAAGUAUAAUAAGAGAAGACCAUGGCACUUAACAGAUACUACUGA